AUGAUGAACAUGUUGGAAUUGUUCGGUUUCGACACAUCAUCUCCAUUGAAUCGAUCUCAAAAAAUACAUCGAGAAAAUGAAAGGUCCAAUUUACUGAUCGUAACACGUUUGGUGUUGAGAACGUUUCUGGAGGAAACGAUGAAACUGCGCCAUCGUAUGCUCGAAACCGACACACAGCCACUUGCCGAUCUGUUCAUGAUGCUUGAAAAGGUAUUGUGGCAUGGAUUCAAGAGUACAGCUCAUCGAACAAUGAUUGCGCUACGGUCGCCAGAUGCUGAAUUGUGGGCAUGUAUUGGACGAAUAGCCAGCACGCAUGCAGAUAUGAACGAGUGUUAUCAGUGUAUAACACAGCUCGGGAAUAUCACUACUCCAGUCGCUCGAAUACGUGCAAUGUUAAGGCUAGGCGUAAUGCAAAAGAAACUUGCUGAUUAUUUUCAGCACAUGCAGUCGUCGAAAUAUCUAAAGGAAUAUUAUGAGCCGUGGGCGUUGAUACGACAAGAAGAAUGUGUAAGCUUAUCGGGUGCACUCGUCGGUUUAUCUGUGCUCGACUGCAAUUUGCUACUCGAUCAAGAUCAUCUACAAGAGCAGACGCCUUCGAUUGAUCUAGCUGCCUACAUACGUUUGCCAACAAUACCGCUGUCAGAAGAGGACAAGAGCAAUGGCAGCGAAGAGAGCACCUCACCUGAUUCAUUGAAGACCCUUCUGGAUCAGAAAAGUUUUCUGGAGGAACGGAAUCGCUUCUUGGAGAAAGAAUAUCCUUUAAGGGUGAAUGCAUCGAAUAUGAAAAAGAAACUCGAUGAAUUGGAGCAAAAGAAAGAUUCUGUUAGCGAACAAAAGGUUUCAAUGAGUGAAGUGAACGAGCCUCAAGUUGUCGAUACGACGAUCACUCUCGAAACAGUCACAAAAGAAAGGGAUCAGCUGGCGCAAGUUGUAUCUGAGAAAGAGGAUUCAGUCCGUACGUUGAAACAGCAGUUGGCCGAUACGAAGAAAGUAAACGUUGAUUUGUACGAGAAAAUUCGAUUAAUCGAAGAUAAAUGUCGUAAAUUUGAACGAGAUCUAAUCACCGCGAAACAGCAUCAUACACAGGAGAAGGAGCAGAUGCGUCGAACAAUCGAAGCACUCAAAUCGCACAAUUCGGCGCGUGACUCGGAAAUAGAGCGCACAACGGAUGCAUCCGAAAUGCUGAAGAAUGAACUGGCCAAUAAAACCGAAGCGUAUAUGCAAACUCUGAGUAUACUCAGCCAAAAACAGGAGGAGUUAAGUGCCGCAAAUGAAGAUUUACAAAAAUUGAAUCGAACGAAUUCGGAGUUAAGUGAAAAAUUGAAGAGGAUGCCAGUGAUGGAGCAGGAAUUCGAAGAGCUGAAGAGCAAUUAUGCGUUUGUUUCUCAGAAGUUGGAAGAUUACGAGAAAGCACUUGAAGAGCUCGGUGGUCAUCUUUCGGAGUAUGCUCAUUUUUGUUUCUUUUUAGAUUUGUGUUUUAAAUCCACACUGAAUUUGUUUAGUAAUGUUUAUAACUGA